AACGAGUUUUGAAGAUCUAACUCUGGUAGCAAACUCUGAUUCGUAGAAUCAUUCAGCAAACCCUUCCAAUCAGGGAUCAUCAUUUGCUUCAAUUGGUAAUCUUCAAUCAAUGAACUCGAUUAAAGAUUCAUUGCCUGGAUUUUUCAAUCAGGUAUUUGUGCUCCUCUUUCAUUUUCUCUUACCUUCUCAUCAAACUCAGAUCUCUAUUGAUUUCCACCGAUUUUUUUAUUUAUGUUCAAGCUGCUUUACAAUUUUGCUUCGAAGUGAAAUUGCAGAUCUAACUCUGGUAGGAAUUUCUGAUUCGCAGCAUCAUUCAGAAAAUCGCUCUAAUCGGGGAUCAUCAUCUGCUUCAAUUGGUGAUCUUCAAUCACUGAACUCGAUUGAUAAUUCAUUGCCCGAAAGUUUCGAUCAGGAUUGUGUUGGUGCGAUUGAUGGUACACAUUUUCGUGUAAGAGUGCCAAACAAGGAUGCACAAAGAUACCGAGGACGAAAAUGCUAUCCCACUCAAAAUGCUUUGGCUGCAUGUUCUUUUGAUUUAAAGUUUACAUAUAUCCUUCCGGGAUGGGAAGGAUCUGCUUCAGACUCGAGAAUAUUAGAUAAUGCAUUAACAAGAGAAAUGGAUAAAUUGAUCGUUCCUCAAGGGAAAUAUUACUUAGUAGAUGUAGGAUUUCAACUAAAAACUAGGUUCCUUGCUCCAUAUAGAAGUACUCGUUACCAUUUGAAGGAGUAUAGUGUUCAUCAACCAGAAAAUUCUCGAGAGCUUUUCAACCUUCGUCAUGCAUCUUUGCGAAAUGCAAUUGAAAGAGCCUUUGGUGUCCUAAAGAAAAGGUUUCCAAUUUUAGGAAGUGGGACAUAGCCAUAUUAUGAUGUUGACACUCAAGCAGAU